AUGCCAUUCCGACUACAGGGUUUCCAAUCUGCUCUCCGUGGCCAGAGUGGCCUGCUGCGCAACCAGCAGCGCAGGUGGGCACAGGUUCACGAUGUGCGCUUCCUUGCCUCCCACCAUGACCCCAAAUAUGUCCUCGACAAGUAUCGGGCUAAGCUGGACCAGAAGGCAAAGGAAGAGGGCCAUGAGUCCGUCGAGUCACUGAAGGAGGCAUACGAUGAAAAGAUCCAAGACCUCCGCCGCAAAGCAUCCACUGUCGCAACCCCAGAGCCUAGUGCCCCUACACCCACUGCUCCAGGCACCCCCAAGGCAUUCCAAGCGCCUCCUCCCCCUCAAGAGUCAAAGACCACCAGGGCUGCGCGCUCUGUCUCCGGCGACUCCAGUCCCGUCAAGCCACUAAGCACAUACCUGGACGUUGAAAAGAUCCGCGAGCUCCCAGCCAAGGAGAUCGAAGCUCUCUGGCGUCUGCGCCACGCUGAUAACGGCCAUGCCAUCUCUGCCGCCAUCCCAAUCGACACAUACAAGCGUAUCGUCGCAGCUGCCCGCCAGAACCCUCAGUUCAUCCUGCCCCUCCCGCGACCUCAGACCCCCGAGGAAGCGCAACAGACUCCCGAAGGUGCGACUGGUACCGCUGCAGACAUUCACUUCCUGCAGUGGGGCUUCCACCCUCCUGCUGAGGGCUCGACCCCAACUGUUUCCAACAGCCAUGCAUCCACUGUGAUCUUCACGAAUCUGGGCGCUUACAAGAUGCAUGGUGCCUUUGCUCAACCUCAUACUACAAUUACGCACCAUUUGGAUCUGGCUGAUAAGGGUCUGGUACUCAUGCAUGGUCAAAUUGUUCCUGAUGGCGGUGUUUCUGCCCCUGAGGCAACUUGGUUGGUUAGCUGCGUGCAGCGUUUCUAUGACUUUGAGGGUCAGGCUAGCGGUCGUAAGAGUGAGCUUGUUCGCAUGUUCACCCGGGGUGACGUUGAGAACUUCAAGGUUGAGGAACUGCUUGAAGAGUCUGAACGACUCCAGUAG